AUGCUCAGAGCUGCCUGCAUGCGUGAGCACGUACCAAAUCACCGGCCCGCACGUGAGACACGAGGCCUCGGAAACGUCCAAUUGCCCUGGAAACUGUUAGCAAGUCCAGCAGAGAACAGAGCACCAACCGGUUAUGCUCGUCGUAGUCGUGCCAACUUUGCGAGGCAGCAACAGAGUCGGAAGAGCCCUUGCGAAGCAGACAAUUUCGUCUCUUUUGUGCGGAUGCUUGUGGACCGUCUCUGCCUCAUUGCCUCUUUUCCUCCCUUUUCGGCACCGCGUUGCUGCCCUGCUUACUCACACCCAACGACCAAUCAAGUGAUGGCUUCCCGGUCGGGCCUCGGCUAUUCGUCCGACGCUUUGGCAGAGUGCCGACGCACCUGCCAACUCGGCUUCUCGAGCUCGGCGCAGGCGACUUCGCGUCCCCAACGCGUGUUGGUGGCGGUGCCGUACCGCAAUCGCAGUCGGCAUCUGCCCGUCUUCCUCACCUCCAUCCAGUCGGCUCUUAGGCACCAGAAAAUCUGCUAUCUCAUCGUCAUCUCGGAACAGGUGCGACAUUCUCUCUCUUCCCCCCUCUCUGUCACUCACUCUCUCUCCCUCUCUCUUUACCUUUUCCUAAUUGCCAGCAUCAGACAGUGGACGCGGUACAUUGUCACACGCUUCGUCGGCAUCGUAGUCGGCAUCAUCAGUGACUGUUGCCAUUCUCUGCACCAAGCAACGAACUCGUCGGGGUCCAUCUAUCAACUCUUUACCCUCUCAUCCAACUCCCGUCCUGCCAUUCACCCUGGCCCACUCUCUUUCGGUCGGCUAAUCCGACUCGGACCGCCCAUUCGGAUCUCCCUCCUGGUCGCAUAG